GUUGAGGGCUAUUCCCGUGUUAUCCCAUAAGAGGGUAGGGCGUCUCCGGUCUUCGCAGGCCAUGGUGGUCACCGCUCCGGUUCCUGCAAAGUCUUUGGUCGAAACAUACAAACGAAAGGCCCCCAACAUCGUAUCCGGUAAAGAAUGGGUCUGAAUAAGAAGAUUAACCCCAGGCUUGAAAGGGGAACCUACAGAGGUUUACUCAAUAACCAGUCCAGGCUUAAUCUGCUUUCCUCUCCAUCUCUCUCUCUUCCCCUCGCGGUUGGUUGUGUGCAUGAACGGAUAAAAGUAUCAUAGAGCAUGGUUGUUCCUUCCGGAGUUAAAAAAAUGGUGGUGGUGGCGAUGGCUUCCUCGAUCAUCGCCCCACAUUUCGGCCGUCGGAAGCUCACCACUGUCUCUGCAUCGCUCUCUUCACGUCUAGUUCCUCGCCCACUUGAUCUGGUGAGUUGGGUAAGGAGGGAAGGAGGUUUCGUGCACCAGAGUCUGAGGAUUGGUAGUGGCGGCCAUUCUUCUACUGGCCUGGACUUGAUCGCCUCCGAGGAAAUCUCAAGCGGUUCUGAUCUCAUUAGGCUCCCCACUCAUCUUCCUCUCUCCUUCGACCCUCCCGAGUCCGCUCGAGAUGGUUCACACGCUCUUCUCAUCGAACUUGCUUCGAAAGUGCCUGAGGAGCUCUGGGCGUUAAAAUUGGGAUUGAGACUUCUUCAAGAAAGGGCAACCGUGGGAUCAUUCUGGUGGCCAUACAUUAGUAAUUUGCCUGAAGCAUUUAGCACACCUAUUUUCUUCUCAGGGGAUGAGAUAAAGAAUCUGCAGUAUGCUCCAAUUGUUCACCAGGUUAAUAAAAGAUGCAGAUUUCUACUUGAUUUUGAGAAAGUAGUCAAACAGACACUUGAGGACGUUUCUUUCAGGAAUCAUCCUUUCAGAGGUCAAGAUGUUGAUGCUUCUGCUCUUGGCUGGGCCAUGGCGGCUGUCUCAACUAGGGCAUUCCGAUUGCAUGGCAAAGCUCUGCCACAUGGCUCAAAAAGUGAUAUCCCAAUGCUUCUUCCUCUUAUUGAUAUGUGCAACCAUAGUUUUGAACCUAAUGCUGAAAUCAUCCAGGAACAAGAUAACAAAAGUCCAGAAGCAAUAGUUAAGGUAGUAUCCAAAGAGCAGAUACAGCGGGGUUAUUCAGUGUUGUUGAAUUAUGGUGAUCUAUGCAACGAUCUACUACUCCUGGAUUAUGGAUUUGUAAUUCCAGAAAAUCCAUACGACACUAUCGAGCUUAAAUACGAUGGAGUUCUACUUGAUGCUGCAAGCAUGGCAGCAGGACUACAGUCUCCUAACUUUUCUUCUCCUACACCAUGGCAGGAUGAUUUAUUGCGGCUUCUAAAUUUAGAAGGAGAUGGUGCCGAUCUCAAGGUAACUCUGGGGGGCCCAGAUGUUGUUGAUGGCCGCUUAUUAGCUGCGAUAAGAAUACUCUUGGGGAAUGAUAAGGAUGUUGUUGAGAAACACAACUUGAGCACUCUGCAAUUGCUUUCAACAAAAGCUCCAUUGGGCCUAUCUAACGAAAUCUUCACGCUUCGGACUCUUAUUGCUUUGUGUGUGAUAGCACUUGGACACUUCCCCACGAAGAUCAUGGAGGACGAGUCAUUGUUGAAAGGUACCAUAUCUAGUUCCAUGAAACUGGCAAUCCAGUUCCGGCUGAGAAAGAAAACAUUGAUCAGUGACGUGAUGAGAGAAUUAACAAGAAAAGUAAAUACGUUAUCCAAUGAAAAAGGUGCCAACUCUGCUUAAAGCUCAAUCCCUGGACAGUUGGAAUUUUUCUUGCUACGAUGCAAUAGAGAAUCAAUUUAUGGCCUGUUCUGUAUGUUUGGAUCGUUCCUUCAACGUACUGCUGAUUUAUUUUGUUGUUCUGUUUA